AUGUUCAACAGGUUUAUCAUAUACAGCUUCGCGUACGCGUCUCUCGUCUUCGCUGCCAGCAUACCACGACAUACAGCACAGCAACCUCUUCUUCUUCCGGAUCAUCAAGCAGGUGGAUUCAAGUCGAACAACAUCCACGUCAUGUUGGCAUUUAUUGAGAGCGGAAGCAAAAUGCAAAAGCUGGCAGAAAUCCCACUGAAUACACGGAUCGUCGCUGGUAAGUUACUUUGCCGUUGGGGCUGGAGCUUCCAACCACGUGCACGUCUCGGACAAGCUCCCUGCUUAUCUCUAGGUCUUAAUAUACCAAAUCGUCUAAGCGCUAUCAAAAUCGCUAUGGCAGUCACAGUCGAGGACCGUUCGAUAUCACUAGAACGCCUAGACAAGAUCAUGUGCAGAAUCACGCCAAAGACGGAUGCCAAAGAGAAAGAGGCAAUGAAAGGUGAAGGGGAGCUAGAUGAGCUACCGUGGUUCAUGUUGAGGGACGGCACAGUCGAACUCGAAGAUAGUUCGUCGGAAUGGUUUCUUAGAGGCAGAGCGAUACAAAGCUUCGAGUGCCGUUAA